GGCGCCGUGGACGCGCUCGGCUCGGCAGUUAGUUAUUUGGGAAGAACGAGGAGGAAGAAGAAGGAGUCGAAACCAGGGGGAGGAGGGAAAAGUGAUGGCGGCACGGCUAAGAGUGACAUAAGAAGCCUUCCUUAGCACCUAGCACUCUGCCUCCCCCCGCGAGUCCGGUUGUAUUAUUCCUUGGCUUCGUAUGUCUGCACUGGGCGGGUCCAUCGCACGCUAUUAGGAGGGGGGCAAAGAACAGGAGUUCAGCAGAUGGUCGUCUUGUGGCAAUGAAAUUAGACAGACAGCUGAGUGCGGAGGGAGUGAUUCACUGCUCGGGAUUUCCCAUGAACCCAGCGCUGCAUUAAUUCCUAUGAUCCUUGCUGUCCAUGCGGAAAGGGGAGUGACGACGUACAUUUUCUCAAGUGGGCCAACUUUGUGACGAAAAAAAAAAAAAAAAAUGAUGAAAACAGAAGGCAAAGGGGAGCGGACCCUCAGGAGUGCGUCUCCACACAGGAAUACUUAUAAGUCUGAUUUCCACGCUAUCAAGUGUUCAUUUGAUGGGGUCAAGCCAGAAAUCUCUCCAAAGCCUACGUCUUUGAAAUUAAACGCUAAUGGAGCACAAGGAGACCUUAACCGAGGCCGUGCCUCGUAUGGUAAUAGGGUGCAUAAGAUCAAGAAUAUGUUCAUGCAGAUGAGCUCCUCUCCUCCUGAUCCGGUGGAAAGCAAACUUAUAAAGCCCGAGGUUUCUUCUCCACCGACCAACACUCAUGUAAGCGUGCAAAAGAACAAUGCCUUAAACAUCAGCCCUGAUGUUCCGGGUUUAGAUAAAUCGGUCAAUACAGUUGAAGAAGUAGAUUUGGAUAAAGUAGCUUUGGCGGAGAAAUUUUCAGAAACCAGAAAACUAUUUGAAAGAAAUCUCAACCGCCAGGCUACUUUAGACAGGUCUUCUCCAACCAAGGAGGACAAGGUGAUCAGGCUUGACCAUAGACAUGGAUCUGUUGAAAUGGAAAGUGGCUCUUGUGAUCAUAGCCCCAUUAACGCUUCAACAAAGUCCAACACGUCUACGUCCUCUGAGAACAGUCAGUUUCAUGGUCACAGGUCAACAUCUUCAUCAUCCUCUUCCUCCUUAAAUGCAGGACCCAUAAGCAGGAGAUUAGAAAGUUUUCUUGCUGACAGUGACGGAGAGGAACCUAAAGACUUGUCCAAGACUAACGAAAUUCUAAUAGAGUCCAGCAGUACUGCUUCAUCUGUGACCGUAAACCACUCUAAUUCCUUGACCGAUACAGGACUAAAUAAUGAAGGGACCAAAAACAUUUCUGCUCAGGAUCGAAAGGUAGGAGAGGACCUUAGCUUGGGUGGUGAUAAGGCUGGAAAAGAUAAUUCCAGUUCUCUUCAGAAUAACAAUACGCUUCCGUCUACAAAAGGAGAUGUUUCUGAGGAUUCUGCAUCUAAAAAAUCUCAGACUGAGAUGGUGCGAGCGCAGCUGGUGGUUCUACAAAAUGAAUCUUCUGAGAGUGAAGAAGAUGCAAACUUAAAAGAUGACGUCUUUGAGGACAUAAAGGCGCUCGGUCCCAAGCCAUGUCUCAAUGACAGCCUCCAGAUCGCAGAGAGAAAGUUCAAGGAAGAAGAACAUAAUGCUCCUGUGGACGAGGUAACAAACGCUCGCACGGAGGUUGUCAUGAAACCAGCAGAGGAAGCCCAAGAGGAGGUGGACAGUGACGAGGAAGAUGGAAGCGAAUUUGAAGAACAGAUCGAUAACAACAAAAACGUAAUAAGAUAUUCUACUGAAGCUUUUGGUAUUGAAAAUGCAGCCUUUGAUGAUGACCGAGACACUGAAGGAGAACAUCCUACAACUGACAAUGAAAAACUUGUGGUAGAUGAAGACGCGGAUUAUGACUUCAGCGAUUGUGAGGAAGUACCCGGCCUGUCGGAGGAAGAAGACCUAGCCCUGGCAAGGAAAGUAAAGUUUUCCACAGCUCCAAUUAAGGUAUUCCCUACAUUUUCCAACGAAGACUACGACCGGCGUAAUGAAGAGGUGGACCCGGUGGCUGCUUCUGCGGAGUAUGAGUUGGAAAAAAGAGUGGAAAAGAUGGAAGUUUUUCCCGUCGAAAUAGAAAAAGGUGACAGUGGCCUCGGAAUCAGCAUCAUCGGCAUGGGGGUUGGCGCAGAUCAGGGUUUGGAAAAGCUGGGAAUAUUUGUGAAAACCAUUGCAGAGGGAGGAGCUGCUCAGCGGGACGGACGAAUUGAAGUCAAUGACCAAAUUGUGGAAGUCGAUGGUACAAGUCUAGUUGGAGUCACACAACUUUUUGCAGCUACGGUACUCAAAAACACCAAAGGUACAGUCAGGUUCCUUAUUGGGAGAGAGAAACCGGGAACACAAAGUGAAGUUGCUCGGCUCAUCAGUGAGACCCUGGAGCAGGAGCGAUGUCAGCAGGAGAUGUAUGACCAGCAGUACUCGGAGGGAAGCACCGGGCAGGAAGAAGAUUUUGAAGAGGAUGAUGAGGAUAAUCUCGAGUCACAUCUACAUGGAAAUUCUGUCGAAGUGUUUGAGUUGCCUGAAUGUGAUGAUCUAAACUUUCCAUCAGAUAUGGAUGCGUCUCAGCUGGCACUAAAGUUUAAAGAGCUCCAGCUAAAGCAUGCCGUCACUACUGCUGAAGUCAAUCAGCUGAAAGACAGGAUCAAGGCUGCAGAGAAUGAGAAGAUGGAUUGGGAAACCAAUCGGUUGAAGUAUAAACAGUCUGUUGAGGAAAACAAGGAAAAGAUUAAGAAGUUGGAGACCUACUGGUUGGAGGCUCAGGCGCUUUGCAAGACUGUUAAUGAACAUCUGAAGGAAACUCAGGAACAGUAUGAUACAUUGGAGAAGAAAUACACCAAGGCCAAGAAAGUACUGAAGGAUUUUCAGUUAAAGGAAAUAGAAUUUGAGAAGAACGAACUGGAACACAAGGAACUUUUAAGGGAAAAGGACAGACAACAUGCUGAGCAGAUGAGUCUUCUAUAUGCAAGGAUUACAGCUCUAGAGAACAAACUUGGCGCAUAUGAACAAAAACUUCAGGUGAUCCCAAACCAUAAAUAUGAAAACGAGGAAUUCACGCCGCAUACUGCGACGGCUCCGACGGAGGCUCCAGCUGAACUGGAAUCAGAAGGUUCGACCCUCCUAGAGUCUUCCAUAUCUGAUUUUGAUGCAUGCGUGGGAGAGAUCCAACGUUUGGACACCAGCGCCAGCAGAGCCAAAGCACAGCUUGCUCUUAAAGUAAAACGCCAGCGACCGUCGAGGAACAAAUUAAAGGGGCUAAUUGUUGGCAAGGAGCAAAAAUUGUUUCAAGAGGAGGAUGAAGCAGAGGAAACCCUCCAAGCUGAAACUGUGAGCCCUAGUGAGAAAACGGACGAUUCUGAGGACCAGCUUGGCUCCCAAGAUGAAGAUCAAAGGAUUGAAAAGUCUCAAACAGCAGAAAGUUUAGGUAGUCUCCUGGAGUCAAACCCUUCCAUUUCCACUUCCUCCUCCCCAGCCCACAGGACUAACACUGAAACCAUUCUAACCUCCAGUCAGUCUCCCACUGGGGAAGGGCUAGCUCAGAGUUCCUCAGGAGGAUACAUUAGGAAUACCAAGCUGAGAGAAUCUAAAGGCAAAGGCAAAGUCGCCAAAGAUGACAAGAGAAACGACGAUAAAGCUGCAGAUUCGACUGAAAACGCAGGAAAGCAUAAAAGAAGGUUCCCAGAUUUUGGGGGACUGCGAAAGUCUGGAGGGAAAGGCAAAAGGCAAGACCGGGAGAAUCAGAGGGGAUCCUUGGAUAGUCGUGGUUCCAGGGACUUGCUGGAUGAAGCUGGAAAUCAGUCCCUGUCGGAUUCAGACUCCCCAGUUCCUACUUGCAUGCCCUUUUCUUGGUUUGGUGAAAGCCACAAGGAAUCUGCGUACAGUGGCAGCAUGUCCUUCCCCAGCUCUGACCCUCUGGAUGAGCAGGAGAGGGCCCGACUCAAGAGUAGAGUUUACAUAGAUGAUUCAUACAGUUACCGCCAUUGCUCUGAUCUAUCAGGGCUGGUGGCAGAGCCCUCCCUAUCGGGACGCUCGCACACUUUCACCUUCUCGUCUAAUGAGGCUUUAGACGAUGAGGUUUCCCCAACCGGGAAACAGAACCAGUGGCAUAGCCGGCCUGUGUCUGACUGGAGCGCCCAGCAAGUGUGUCACUGGUUAAUGGGAAUGAACAUGGAGCAACACAUUGAGGAGUUCACAGCCAAGAACAUCGAUGGUCAGCAGUUAAUGCUACUGGACAGUGAUAGAUUAAAGGCACUGGGUGUUUUGAGCCACACAGACAGGGCCACAAUCAAGAAGAAGAUUAAGGAAAUUAAAAAAGCACAAGAGAAACUGGAAAAGCAAAAGGAAAAAUGUUCAAAGAAGGAAGCACAGAAGAGGAGCGGCGGCGGCGGAGGAAAAGUGGUCACCACUGUAGAAUCGAGCUGCUAGGAUAGCACCCCGUGUGUUGUAUAUGUAUAUAUCUGUACAAUUAAAGUCACAAUGGCAGUUCUCUAACGUAAUUAGACGAUUUAACUACUCGUAGGGUCUUCUGAAGUGUACGUCACAUGAGGAGCAGGAUUUUUAUCUAGCGUUUUUUUUUAUUAAAAAAAAAGAUACUAUAUUUGUACUGA